AAUGGGUUUUCAUUUUCAUCAUUUUAUCAUCAUCAUCAUAAUCAUUUUUUUGUUUGUUUGAAAUUGAAUCACAAAGAUUUGAUCAAUUAGAAACGAUAUAAGGAAUUGAAAUUGUCUGGAGACAACAACAUUUGAUGCCAAUCAAUCGAUGAAAUCAAUUGCAUUCUCAAACUGAACAUCAUUGUGUGUUUCACUAAUCGAAAGAAAACAAUUUUUGCGAAUCAAUCAACAAGUGGCCAAAAAAAAGAAAAGAAGAAAAUGGAUAUUGAAAAAAAUUUAAACAAUAAUUUAAUAAUUGCCAAUCAUAAUGCAAUCGAUAAUGAUAUUGUUGAAGAAAAACAUCAAAACAAUGAUCAAAUUCAAUCAACAGUUGAACAACGACAACAACAACAACAACAUUUAAAAAAACAUCGACGAUUAUAUGCAUGGAUCAAAAGUCAUCUAUGGAUUUUUCCAUUACUUCUUAGUAUGGUAUUGUUUAUGUUAUGUAUUAUACCAUAUAUUUUAUCGAUAAAUUAUAAUACUGUUGAUCCAAUAUUACCGUAUAUAAGUGAUACUGGUGGUUUAGCACCUGGUGCUAUCGUAUUUUCACAGCUAUUGGAUUUUAUGGCCAUACUUAUAUUCAUAUCAUGCUGGAUACGUUAUAAACAGAUAAAAUUCUAUUUGAAUGAAAAUUUUAUGGAUAAAAAUCUUGAUCACUUUAAUUAUCUACAUCGUUUGAAUAGACAUUCAUUUUGGUUGUCAAUUAUUACAAGUUUAGCUGCUAUCGGUGUUGGAAAUAUUCGUACCACUGAAUCUUUACCAUUACAUAUGAUUAUGGCAAUAUCAUUAUUUUCAACAAUAUCUAUUUAUUGUUGUUAUUGUACACAUUUAGCACGAAUAUUAUAUCGAGAAUUUAAUAUUGAAUCAAAACCAAUUACAAUGAUGUUCUGUACAAUUAUAACAUUCAUAGGAUUUAUAAUAACUUGUACUUGUGAAUUAAUCAAUCGUUAUCAGGUUGGUAAUGAAAAUUUUCAUAAUAAUGAAUUUCGUAUGCAUUGGCCAGAAACGGAUAAACAAUCAUAUUAUGUACAUGUUACAUGUACUACAUUCGAAUGGAUUACAGUAUUUUCAUUGGCAAUAUUUGUUCUAUGUAUUUAUCGUCGUUUUCGUAUGAUUGGUUCAAAAUGAUCAUCAAUAUUUUAAAUGAUUUUCAAGAAAACUUUUAUAUCAUUUUUUUUUCUUAUUUUAUAUAUUACAAAUACUCUCUUUAG